AUGAAUGCGGCUGCUGCCGGUGCUGCCCUGGCCACGGAGCGCAAACCUUCAGGGCCGCUGUCACCAACCCGGGGCCGCGGCCCUUACCUAAGCCCGACGCGGAGCCAGUUUGCCUCGAUUUCAUAUGCGUCGUCGCUGGCCGACCCCGGACCGCCACCAUCUAGAGACCUUCCAAGUACGCCUUCCCGAACGGCGACGACGCGAUCCGGGAGCCGGUCGCGCGCUGAGGUGUCACCCAAUGCGAUUGGCGUGGCACUCGAGUUUCCGCCGCGGGAGGAUGACCUGUCCGGUCAAGUUAGCAACGAGAGCGGCGAGAGCUCGGAGUCCAAGAUCAUGACGGGCCCCAUGCGCGGCACUUGGGGCGAUAGCUGGGCGACGUCGAGGGACGAGGCACCGGCAGGGCUGGCACCGCAGACGCCGACGACGCGCCGGCCGAGUCGCAGCCCCAUUCUCCAAGAGCAGGAGUUGGCGAGGAUGGCAGGAUCAUACUGA